CAUAACCGCUCCCCGGGAAGAUGCUCUGCGGGUGACAUGUCGGGGCUCCCGCCAGCCCCGGCGAGCUGGCUGCUUUCCUUUACCCUAAGUUCGGUUGCUCCUGCCCAGCCAGGGCAUUCUUGGAAAAUGGGAAUGUUAUUAAUAGCACGAUGCGGGCAGAGCGGAGCUGCGUGUGGCGCAGGGAGGUUUCGUGUUGCUCUGACGGGAGCGCAAAGAUGGGAAAAGCUCUGCUGAUGGAGACCGCCAAGCUCAACCCCAUCAUCCGAGAUGUCUACGCGGCUGCUGGCCGUGUCCAGCAAGCACCGGCCGCCGCCUCGGCACGGAGGGGUGGCAGCUGUCGAGAGCUCAUGGUCAAGCUGACAGAGGGGCAGUACGUGCUGUGCCGCUGGACCGAUGGCCUCUAUUACCUCGGAAAGAUCAAAAGGGUGAGUGGCUCCAAGCAGAGCUGCCUCGUCACGUUUGAGGACAACUCCAAGUAUUGGGUCCUCUGGAAGGACAUCCAGCAUGCCGGUGUCCCCGGGGAGGAGCCCAAGUGCAACAUCUGCCUGGGAAAGACGACGGGUCCCAGGAACGAAAUCCUCAUCUGUGGGAAGUGCGGGCUGGGUUAUCACCAGCAGUGCCACAUCCCGGUGGCGAGCGGCGGUGAGGGCCCCCUGGGGACGCCAUGGUUCUGCCGCCGCUGUAUAUUCGCCCUGGCCGUGCGGAAAGGGGGUGCCCUGAAGAAAGGAGCCAUCGCCAAGACGCUGCAAGCUGUCAAGAUGGUGCUGUCCUACAACCCCGACCUGCUGGAGUGGGACUCCCCGCACCGGACCAACCAGCAGCAGUGCUACUGCUACUGUGGGGGCCCUGGCGAGUGGUACCUGAAGAUGCUGCAGUGCUACCGCUGCCGACAGUGGUUCCAUGAAGCCUGCACCCAGUGCCUCAGUGACCCCAUGAUGUUUGGAGACCGGUUCUAUGUGUUUUUCUGCUCCGUAUGCAACCAGGGACCGGAAUACAUCAAGCGCCUGCCCUUGAGAUGGGUGGAUGUCGUCCAUCUCGCCCUCUACAACCUUGGUGUGCAGAGCAAGAAGAAGUACUUUGACUUUGAGGAGAUCUUGGCCUUCGUGAACCACCACUGGGAUCCGCUGCAGCUUGGGAAGCUGACGGGCACCCCCAUGGCUGAGCGCGGCCCCCACCUCCUCAACGCACUCAACAGCUAUAAAAGCAGGUUUCUGUGUGGGAAGGAAAUCAAAAAGAAGAAAUGCAUCUUUCGCCUGCGGAUCCGCGUCCCACCGAACCCCCCCAGCAAGGUCCUGCCAGAGAAAGCCCCUGGUGUGGGCGAGAGCAGCUCCUGUGAGCUGAAAAAGAGGGGGAAAAGCAAAUACGUCCAUAAAGAUGACCUGCUCCCACGGCAGCUCCAGCAGCAGAAGCGGCGAGCGGCACGGCGCAAGAGGGCCAAGUUCCUGCUGGAGGACGCCAUUCCCAGUAGUGACUUCACCUCCGCCUGGAGCACCAACCACCACCUGGCCAGCAUCUUUGACUUCACACUGGAUGAAAUUCAGAGCCUGAAAAGUGCCAGCUCGGGACAAAACUUCCUGUCGGAUGUGGACUCCACGGACGCUGCCAGCACCUCGGGCUCAGCCACCACAAGCCUUUCCUACGAGUCCAGCCAGCGGACCGUGGGCAGCCGCAAGCGCAAGCUGGCAGCACCAGCCUACGCCUCGGCGGGGGCAAAGAGGAGAGGCGGAGAGGCUGGCGUGCGCCCGGCCCGGGGAACCCCUGAGGGCAGCGAGACUACCGGCGGCCCCGACCGCCCGGACGAUGGCAUCGACAGCCACACCUUCGAGAGCAUCAGCGAGGACGACUCCUCGCUCUCCCACCUCAAGUCCUCCAUCAGCAGCUACUUCGGGGCGGCGGGCAGGCUGGUCUGCGGCGAGAAGUACCAAGUGCUGGCACGGCGGGUGACGCUGGAGGGGAAGGUGCAGUACCUGGUGGAGUGGGAAGGCACGACCCCAUACUGAACCCUGCCAACCCCAAACCUCUCCCAGAGCCAAACCAGAGGAGAUCUGGAUGAUGGGGAAACCCUCACCACGAAGCAGAGGAGAGGCGCUCACCGGCAGGGAGGGCUGUGACCCCUCUGUGCUCGGGGGUCCCUGCUGGGGCUGGCUCCCCAGGAACCGCCACGAGUGGAAGCAGCAUCCCUAGCGCUGAAACCUGCAGCCUUGCUGCUGUAUUUUUUAAUUUUAAGAGUUGUUAUUUUAUUGGCUGUGUAUAUGCAAAGAGCGUGGCCCAGCUGCGCGUUUGGGAUGGAGCCUUUGGCUGAGCCUGAGGCAUCAUCCUGGUGGUGGUCAGAACAGUGAGCCUGGCCUUCCCAGAAGGGUUCUCCCAGCGUGGCUGGGUGGCCCUUUGGGGACACAACCUGCUCAUGCAGGCGGACAUCGUGCUGGUGCCUGGUGCACUCUGACUCCUCCUCACAUCCCAGCCUUACAGAGCAGGCUCGAGGGGCUCCUGCUGCUAAUGCCAAAAGCAUCUCCCUCGCCCCCGUUUCACAGCCUGUCCUUCUGCCCAUAGCAAAUGGUGGGCAAGUAUCACCAGAGCCGGUAAACAGGGUUUUCCUCCUCCUCCUAAAUCCAUUCAUUAAAGGAAUGUGGUUUGUUACAAGUGAGGGGAAAAUGCCCCAUAAACACCCUGCGUCAGCCAGCCUUCACAGCCGCAGGGCAGACGUACAGGGUUGCUCCAAUUCUGUGACCAAGACAGUGUGUGAUGAUGCGCCAGCUUUGUUUCCCUGUUCUUCUGACAAUCACAGUCUUGGAAGACAUCAGCCAAAAAGAUACACCCUUGCCUUAAAACCACCAUGGGCAUUUCACAGACUGGAGCCCAAGGCCUUUAUUCCUGCAGGAAUCCUUGUCUUGAACGUGCCAAAUCAGCAGACAAACCAAAAAGGCUGAAGGGGACAGCGGGGGCAUGGGCAGAGGCUUGUACUGGGGUCCUCGCGGCCAUCCCCGUGGCCUUGUGGUUGCGCCUUGCUGGAGG